GUGGGAGAGCUAGAGGGAGGAGGAAGGGGGGAGAAGCCAACUUUUCAGGGCGCCCCGUGCUUGCCUAAGGGCGUGUGUGUUUGUGAGGAGUGUGUUUUUGCAUGCUCUCGAAGAGAGGAAAGGAAAGACAGCAGAGGAGUGGAGAGACAAGGCGGAGUAGGGGGAGAGCGCUUUUCUUCUAGGACCCACAGUAUUGGGAGGCCCAAGUGACCCAGCAGACCGAUUGUGAACAGCAGCAGCAACAACAGCAGCAGGAGGAGGAGCAGCAGCAGCAAGGACGAGAACCGCCCGCAGCCUGGCUCCCUCUGGCCGGGCUAGCCGCCGGGCACCGGGGCGCGGUGGGUGCCCAGAGCCCCGCGCCCCUAUGCACCGCCCCGCAGCCUCCGCUGCUGCUGGCCGAAAAGAAGCCAUGACCCUGAGCGCGGAGAUGUCCGAUGCCUCCGGACUGGCGGAUGAGACCGACAUCGACGUGGUUGGGGAGGGCGAGGACGAAGAGGAAGAGGAGGAGGAGGAGGAGGAAGACGACUGCAGUGGCAACGGCAGAGGCGGCGGGCCGGGGCUCCGGAGGCGGCGUCGCUCUUACGCUGAAGAGGAAGACGAGGAGGAAGAGGACGAGGACGAGGACGAGGACGGGCUGCUUUCCCCGGGAACUGGGGGCUCCACAGUCACCCCGGGUCCGGGCCAGGCUGCAGGGUCAGUCGGCGAGAGCAGCGGCGGCGGAGGUGGCGGGGGCAGUUCUGGGGCAGCGGUCGGCGGCGGCGGCGGUGGAGCAGGAGGCAGCGGCGGCGGGGCCAAGAACCCGCUGGUGAAGCCGCCCUACUCGUAUAUCGCGCUCAUCACCAUGGCCAUCCUGCAGAGCCCCAAGAAGCGGCUGACGCUAAGUGAGAUCUGCGAGUUCAUCAGCGGCCGUUUUCCUUACUACCGGGAGAAGUUCCCCGCCUGGCAGAACAGUAUCCGCCACAAUCUCUCGCUCAACGACUGCUUCGUCAAGAUCCCUCGGGAGCCCGGGAACCCCGGCAAGGGCAACUACUGGACCCUGGACCCCGAGUCCGCCGACAUGUUCGACAACGGCAGCUUCUUGCGCCGCAGAAAGCGCUUCAAGCGGCAGCCGCUGCUCCCGCCCGCCACGGCCGAGACAUUGCUGCUGCGGGGCGCUGGGGCCGCGGGGGCCGGAGGGGACCCGGCAGCAGCCGCCGCCGCUGCCGCUGCCGCCGCCGCCGCUGCCGCCGCCGCCGCCGCCCUGUUCCCGCCCCCGCCUCCACCCGCGCCGCCCCCUCCACCGCCGCACGCCUAUGGUUACGGCCCCUAUAGCUGCGGCUACGGCCUCCAGCUGCAGCCCUACCCGCCUCCCUCGGCCCUGUUCGCCGCCUUCCACCCGCACCCUGCGGCGGCCGCGCACCAUCACCCGCACCCGCACCCGCACCCACACUCGCCGCCGCCUCCACCGCCUGCCCACGGGGCGGCGGCCGAGCUGGCCAGGACCGCCUUCAGCUACCCGCCGCCCCCGCUGGGCCCGGGCCUGCCGGGCUCCCUGCAGGCUGCAGCCAAGCCAGGGGCCGGCCCGGGCCUGGCGCGCUCGCCCUUCUCCAUCGAGAGCAUCAUUGGGGGCAGCCUGGGCCCCGCCGCUGCCGCCGCCGCCGCCCAGGCCGCCCAGGCCGCCGCCGCUGCCGCGUCCUCGUCGUCCUCGUCGUCGUCGUCCUCGUCGCCUCUAUCGCCCUCGCCCGCGGCGCCCGGGGGCAGCUGCGCCGUGCAGGCGGCCGUGGUGCCCGCAGCCGCGCUCACCCGCUCCCUGGUGGCCGCCGCCGCCGCCGCCGCCGCCGCUUCAUCGUCCUCUGCAGCCCUGGGGACGCUUCACCAAGGGACGGCCCUGUCGGGCGUGGAGACCUUGACCGCUAGGAUUUCGAACUGUUAAUGAUUUGUCGCUUUCUUUUUCUUUAAAAGACCAAACAAACCGAUUUGAAGGGGGAAAAAAGAAAGAAGGUAGGCUAUCCGGGGUCCUUCUUACUUUCCUGACUUGGUGGGCUUUGGGAUUUGCGUUUUGUUCCCACCCCUCCCCCUAGUUCACCUUGACCUCCGUGGAACCCCCACCCCGACUCCCACCCUCAGCGAGACUGUGUGUUUUGGGAGCGGACGGGGGUCUCCUCCCGAUGCCCACUAUUUAUGCAAAGCCAGUCCUAUGCUGCAGCAGCAGAAACCGUGUGGAUGGAUGGAUUGAGGGUUGGUGGCAGUAUCCGUGUCUGAAAAAUGGUUGCUUUUUUUUUCGGAUUUCUUAAUUAUUAUUAUUAUUAAUAUUAAUAAAACAAAUCUCUGAGCCCCUUUGAGGUUUCGAGAUUCUCAGGUCCAAGGGUUCAAAAUCAAUAAUGUACAGAAGAUUAAUAAUAAGGAAAAAUAAUAAUAAAGAUCCUGAGGGACAGCAGCAAAGCAAUACUUUUUCAUUUUAGGACACUUGUCCGAUGUGCUUUUUUUUAUAAAAAGGAAAAAAAAAUGAUUAAUAUGUUUACACGGAAGACAAAAAACGUCAAGAUUAUCGUUUCUUAUCUUAACCUGUGUUUUGUAUCAUAAUAGACUUAUGGAAUUUUUAUUUUGUACUGAAUACGUAUUCUUUAAAAGGAAUAUUGUAAAAUUUACUGGCAACUAUUAUUGUACCUUUCUAAUGUAAGAUUUUUACACAUUUUUGGAAAUAAAAAAAUUUAAUUUUCAAAGAAAAUCCACCAAAAACAAUUGAUUGGACUCUUUCCCCCUUAGUUAUUUUUUUCUUUUCCUGUUAAAAAUGUUCUGCCUUAGUAGGAAUAUUUAAGGUGCAAUGGAAUAGAAAAAAAAUAAUUUCUAAGAGAGCCAUCAAAAUAUCCUACAAUGCCUUUUUCCUCUCAGUUAAGCUAUGGGGGUGGGAGGUGUUGAGAAAGAAUUUUGAACUAUUACUACAAAUAAAGUUAAAAAAAAUAAUGUUUUGGGAGUAUAUUUAAUUGGCUUGAUUAUAUUUGAUCUUCAAAAAGUUUAAGACAGUUACUUUAAGAGAAGAUAUGGGACCACUACCUCUAAUUUUGGCCCUUACUCUCUAAAGUGAAUAAUUUCUACUCACUUUUCAGCACAGUUCUAUGUAGUUAUGGGUCUCUAGUAAAAAUGUUGUCUCCAGUAAUACUGCAACAGUAAUAGAAAGCAAGACAAUAAUUAAUUUUAAAUGUUCUAUAAAGAGGAAAAGUUUUAAAUAUCUACAAUGUAGAUGUUCUCUUUGCUGUAGGUACAAAACAAAGGUUGGAAAUUAUUUUUCAUUUAAAGUUUAUUUUAAAAUGUAUUAAAACCUUAUAUUUGCACAAAAUGAUAUAUUUUUAAAAUGGAAUUCUUUUUAAGAUGGAAAAAAUAUGAAAUUUUAAAAUAGGUGUUUAAAUGCUCAUGGACUUAAGAGAUAAACUUACCUUUGUGCUUUAUACUAGCAUAUGUUUUACUGAAGAAGAAAAAAAAAAGAACUUCCCAAUAAAAUUCGUGAAAUAUUUCAUUGAACUAAUCCUAUUUAUUUAAGCCAUAAGUGAUCCCUUAAAUUUGAAUAAUUUUAAAUAGUCUAAAAAUGUCUUCUUUAAAAAGUUAAUUUCUAGUUUGCCGAAUGUAAGUCUAUUUUAAGUGAAUAUUUUCAAAAAAGGAAUUAAAAUUCUCAAUUUAGGAUAUGUAAUAAGUUAGGACAUAGAUAGUAUAUACUUAUAUACUAUAUAUAUAUACAUAUGUGUAUAUGUAUAUAUAGUACAAAUGAAGCCAUCAACAAAUUCGAUUUUUUACACGACAUAUAUUUGCAUAUAUUAUGAAGAUUUGCAGAUUUGAUCUCCAUUGUGACCUAUAUGUAGAAUGUUAAAAAAAAUUUGUUUCCAUUUUUGAAGUCAAAUAUACUGGAAGAGAAACAUCUUUCAAUUAUAUUCAUCAUUAAGAUUCUUGUCCCUCUUCUCCCCAGAGACAAAAUAAAACAAGUACUUAUGUAAAACACUCUUAAGCAGGGGAUUCAAUCUUUAUUCACAGAGAUAGUUGAGAAAAAACUGAAUGACAUUUUAAGAUAAGUGACACAAACCUGGGAAUCACUAUAGAAUAAUAGAUACAAGUUAAAAAAUAUUCUAAAAUCUGUCGUCUCCUCUAUGCCCCCCAUUAAAGACAAAGUAAUUCAAACUCAGAGGGAGAAGUUUAAAAUGGCUUAUAGACUAUAUCACAGAUGUUGGCUCAAAAUGAUAAGUUAAUGGAGGCAUACUUUUAACGAUAUACAAAUUACUGGUAGUUAAAGAUCAGAAAUUUAGACCUAAAAGUAAUUAAAGAAGGGUGAACCCAAAAAAUAUUGUCUUCAUAUAUAGAUUCUGUGUGGAUAUCCUGAAAGUGUGGAACUGCAAGCUAAGUCCUGACUUUAUUCUUAGGCCACAAAAAACAGUGACUGAAUGGCAAAGAAGAGAUGGAAAAGACAACCCUAGUCCCAUUAAAACAUAUGUCUCUUCAGAUUCAGAUUCAAAGAAUGAUUUGCCCUCAUAUUUUCCCGCCUGUGGCAACAGAGAAAAAAGGUGUUUACAAGACUGUAAGUGUUAAAGGGUGCCUACGUGAUUUAGAAAUGAAUUAUCUUUAAUCUUCUAUCUCUAUUCGGAAAUGCAAAUGCAAAUAACGACUCUCACAAUUCCACUAGCUGUUACGGUUUUGCGUUAUGCCGGUUCAGCAAUUCUAUCCUCCAGGUUUUUGCUUCUGCCAUCGGCUUUCUAAACCCUGCAGGACGGUGCGGGCCCAAAUCCCUGAGCCAUGUGCCCGUAGUGUGCGGCCAGCGGUCAGGCUGGGCUGGCCUAGCAGGUGCUGAAACAAAGGCCGGCCGGCCGCCUAGCCCCGCAGCCUUUGAUGGGGCUAACAACGUCUCUGCGCCAGGACUCUUCAUUCGCAUGCAAAUCCAGAGCAAUGUCCCCUUUUCUUUGAAGGCAAACAGAAGGAUGUUUGUGUGUUUGUAGGGAUGAAGCCUAGUUGAACAAGACUUCACAAAUCGGCUGAACCUCUAAAAAUAAACCAAUUGAACAAACAUUGGUCAUUCUCUCUACAAAGUGUGGAUUUACUACAACUCAUUAACCCGGCUCUUUUUUUUCCCCUUCUUGUUUCUCCAUUUCCAUCAUAUUCCGGUAAAGCUCCGAGACAAAUGAGCUGAAUUGGGAGGGAAUUGCUGUUAAUAAUGGAGAGAGAAUAUAUAAGGGCUAAUGGUUCAAGCAAUUCCCCAAGAAGGACCACACAAAAAGGAACUUCUCAAUUUAUGAUGCUAGUGUAAUUCAGAGAUCUAAUCUAGAGUUGGAUUUAGCCAAAUGUUAUCUAUUGCUAGCAUAAUGAAGCCCUUAUGGAUUGAAUUGCUCCUUAUGCCACACAUGGUGUCAGGACCUAGGAAAGUUUCUUCCUCAAUUUCUUUUUCUGUAUUGGAUAAUUAUUCUUUAAAAUGAGAAGUCACUGCUACUCAGGACACUGUCCAUAUAUUUAACACCUAUCUCCUUGCCCCCUUAAAAAAAAAAUAGAGAUAGAGAGAAAGAAUAUGAGAAAAAAAGUUACGAAAAAAGAAUCAAGGAAGGAAAUAUGUGAGGUACUUUCCCAUUUUUUACCCACUGAGCAGUCUGUAUAGUUGUACAUACCUUCUCAGCAUCCCCCCCUACUCAGCAAAACUUUCACAAAGGUUUUGCUGAUUGAAUUAAUUCUGAUAUAUGUUAUUAUCAAAGUCCUUCCAAUAUAACAGGAUAAACAACUGUCUUUUCCUCCUGAGAAAAAGAUUUCUACCUUCCUGAACUUUUCCCAUUUCCUCCCCUCUGUCUGUCUUCUAAAAGAUUUGGGGACAUGAUUAUUUUGAUGUAAUACUCACUCGGUGUCAUUUGUUAAAGGUUGUCUACCAGCUGGAGAUUUGAACCUACUUUUUUUUUUUUCCUGUUUUCUAUUUUCUGGCCCUUGUGAACAGAUUUCCUUGCCUAGCUUGCCUAGAACUAUUUUGCCACCCUUGUUGCUAGUUCUGCUGCUGCUCUUUCCUCAAAAUCUAACUUUGCUGCUAAAAUGCAAUGAUUCCUAUGAUUUCUGUCUGAAGCCCUCUGAAUUUUUUGUCUGUAAUUUUCUGUCACUGUCAGAGAAAACCUCCGUGUGGAGCACCUUAGACCAAAUACCCUACAGCUCACUUUAGCAAGAACUCACAAUCUUAAAUUGCCUAGAGAUCCUCUGAAUAGGGUGACUGAAGGACUGGCUGGAGCCCAAUUAGGAUACUAAGAGUCAUCUUAACCCUUGGAAUUGGAUCAGAACUGGAUUCAUCCAAAGGCAGAAAACAUAAGGAAAGUGAAAUCCUUCUCCUUGUCCCCCACUCAUUGGUUCUUUAGCUAGCAGAGCACGAUCACAAACACAAACAGACAUGUUCCAUAAGUUGCCAUUUGCCUUCUCUCAUUUUCUAUGACUUUGUAAUUGUGCAUAUGCUUUUCGUUGCCAAAUGUGUUUGAUGUCAUGGCCAGUGUAACGUGGUGUGUUUAUAAGGCCAUGAAUGCAAAUGUGUAAAUAUGUUUGGUGUAAAAUCUGGUUCCUUCAUUGCAAUAAAUACCUCCACAGUUUCAGAUAAUAUUACAUUUGACAGAAAGAGUUGGAAAUUCUGAUCAUGACCAGCUGGUAGGGCACUUUGGGGCUUAUACUUUCCUAACUGAAUUCAUUUUUCAUAUUAAUUCUCCUCACGUCACAUCUUAUCCCCUUUAAACAGUUUCAGGCCACCCUUUUAAAUUUCUGACCCAUUUUACUCUGAACUUUGCUAGUCUUUUAUCAAGGAGGUGAAAGAGUUAUAAUUCAACAACAAGAAGCAAACCCAAAAGAACUAUUCCCCUGUACCUUUCCUGGAAAACUAUUGAUUGCUACUUAUUGAUCUCUUUUAAAUUGAUGAAUUAUCAUAGGUAUACUUGUGAAGCAUCCACAAUUUUCUAAAAUAUUUGCAUAGAAGACUGAUUCUGCUUUUAAAAGAGAAGAUGGUGAGUGUGGCCAUAAUGAACAGUGGAAGGAACUCAUUACCAAGUAGCCUUUACUAUCUCAUUGUUUUUGUUAUUGUCAUCACCAUCAUCAUCAUUUUUAUAAUCUAAUUUUUAUAUUAAAGUAGCAUCCAAUUGCAUGGAAUACUACCACCUUAGAAUAACUAUUAUUUGGAGGAAUUCUUCUUAAUUUCAUCUUAACACUCUUCUGUAGGAAGUUUCACAAACAAAUUCUCUCAAAAGCCUUUAUUUUUGACAAUUUCACAUAGUGCUGUAUCUUUUAGCAUUCUUUUUCCAAUUUCUUUCACUAUUGCAUCAUUCUUAAUAAACUCACUUUGAAACUACUUAUUGGUUUUCUAAUAAAGAAAGUUCCUAGAUUAGGACUUUCAGCAUUUAUCAUGCUGAGGGGCUUUGAAGAGUUUUUGGUCAGAUGUCUCCAUUUUAAUUUCUCUACUCUCUUCUGUUAUGGCAAUCUUAUGCAGUUCUAAAUCUUUCCCACUGGUAGCUACUUUUUCCUCAUUCCCACUCUUACAGUUUGUCAUUUGAUUGCUUACUAGCCAUUAAGGACUUAGUUCUCACAUUGACCCAGAAAUCCUCUUUACUUCUAAAUUCUCUGGAUUGAAGACAGUGAGAGGUUCUUUAUCUGGAAGAUUACUGAUCUCUGGAAGAAUACAGGUAUUUAAGACUUUGUCACCUGAUUUCUUUUGGAAAAGAACUCAAGAAAAAAGUUUCUUCUUGAGAGUUUCCCCUUACCUGUGACUUUUAAUUUUCCACUGCCCUGAAUACUAUAUAUGUGAUGUAUCUACAAGGAAGGUUAUUGUACACAAAUAGGGAUUUAGGCAGACAACCUCACCACAGUUCUCCAAACUGUAAUAGUCACCACUGAAAAUGAAGCAUAUUACUCCUUGCCUGUCCUUUGCUCCCAUCCCUGACUUCUCUGGGCUCUCUGGACCCAAAGUCAGAAGCUAAAUUCUUUAUGUUUCCAGGCUUUUAUUCAAUAGGGUAGUCUUGGAGACAGGAAUUACUGUGCUAUCACUAAGUGGUUGCUUUCUUAUGGAAGCCUACAGAAGUUUAUAUUGGAAUUAGUGGGAUGGCUCUUAGAUGCCAAGGUAAGAAAACAACAGCAUCUUUUUCUUCUUUUCCCUCUUCUUCCCUUUCUCCCUCCCUUUCU